AUGUCGUAUCACCUCCUGCCUGAUGCAGACAACUACAGUCCGCACUAUGGUGCCUCCGAGUCUGGCAGUAGCAGUGAUAGUCCCAUACUUCCUCACAUUGAUGAGCAGCACAGAUCGGUCGUGGAGAAGAGGCUUCUCCGUAAGCUGGACCUUAGAGUAGGCUUCCUGGUUCUGGUUUAUAUUAUGAACUAUGUGAUAAUGUGGCUUAACCGCCCACUCGCAAGUGCAGCAAGGUUGCGUGGUUUUGAGGAGGACCUUAACAUGACGGGGAACCAGUUCAACACACUCAUCAGCGUCCUUUAUGUGGGAUAUGUGUUGAUGCAAGCUCCUUCCAACACUUUCUUAGAUCGCAUGAAAAGGCCAUCAAUGUACCUCUCAAGCUGCAUGGCAUUAUGGGGUGCUAUCACAUUGUUCACUGGUAUGUACCAUACCACUCUCAUCUUGCGUUUUUUGCUUGGAUUUGUCGAGGCAGCGUUCUUUCCCGGGGCUGUAUUCCUUCUUUCACGAUGGUACAAGCGCAACGAGCUAGGGCUACGCACAGCACUUCUUACUUGCGGGAGCUCAGUCAGCAAUGCUUUUAGCGCCCUUAUAGCGUCAGGAAUCUUGGCAGGCCUAGAUGGUACACUGGGUCUUACGGCUUGGAGGUGGCUUUUUUUCGUGGAGGGCACUUUGACCAUCAUAGUUGCGGUGUCUGCAAUCUGGAUUUUACCGGACUUUCCUUCAACGCCGAGCGCCUGGCUGUUGCCUGAUGAACAAACGCUGGCGAAACGACGGAUGGAAGAGGACGCUGCGGCCGGAAAUGAGGACCAAGGCAAGCCCGCAGAGGGAUUUUCUGGUCUUUACGAGGCUCUUAUGGAUUGGAGGGUAUGGUGGCUUGGUGUUGCUCUCAGUUUGAUGAUCGCUUCCUUAUCAUUUGGCAAUUUUUUCCCGACACUAUCCGCUACAAUGGGUUACAAUGCGACCAUCAGCCUCUUGCUCUGCGCACCCCCGUGGAUUUUGGGAACUGCGACCUCUUUUUUUGUGGCCAGGCACUCCGAUGCAACCGGUGAUCGCUUCUGGCACAUCACUGGCCCACUACUUCUCGGCAUUGUUGGGUUUAUGAUUGCCAUCUCUACUAUGAACACGGCUGUUCGAUAUCUAUCGCUAUUCUUUAUGACUCAGUCCUCGGUUGCCUAUGUCAUUUUUUUGACUUGGGUCUUGAAUACCUUCUUCCAAUCGCGGUCGAAGCGCGCUGCAGCCAUCGCACUGAUCAACUCGAUGGCAUCAUUUGGCAACAUCAGUUCAUCUUACUUCUGGCCAUCCAGUUGGGGACCUUCAUACGUGAACUCAUAUGUCAUUUGCAUAUUGACGAGCGCCAUGUCUAUUGCGAUGUGCUGGGCAUUUAGAAAGCACCUUUCUCGGUGCAAUGAAACUGCUGAAGCCGAAGAACAAGCUCUAGGGCUGCCCAAGGGUUUUAGAUAUCUCCUUGCAGCUAGAUUACGUGGCUUCGAGGAUGAUCUUCAUUUAGAAGGGCAACAAUUCAAUACCAUUCUGAGCAUUCUUUACAUUGGUUACACACUAAUGCAGGUUCCAUCGAAUAUGUACUUGAGCAAGAUGGGGAGACCCUCCAUAUAUUUGCCGACAUGUAUGGCAAUAUGGGGUUUGAUAUCAGUCCUAACGGGUCACUUCCUUGGAGCUGUGUGCACCAGGUUCUUUCUGGGAUUCGUCGAGGCCGCGUUCUUUCCUGGUGCUUUAUUUCUCUUAUCUAAAUGGUACAAGCGAAGAGAGCUUGGACAACGGACGGCAAUAUUAAGCUGCGGUAUCAUGAUCAGUAAUGCUUUUGGGUCACUCUUAGCAUCAGCUAUUUUGGAUGGCAUGGACGGAUCUUAUACGGCGUUUGUCGUAUACUUCGCGUGGGUUAGCAACUCUAUUCCCCGCCCGACAUCCAAGCGGGCCGUAGCUCUUGCAUUCAUUAAUGCAUUCUCAUCUUUAGGAAACAUCGCAGGCUCCUAUGUCUGGCCAAAGUCAUGGGGUCCUUCCUAUUCGAAUUCAUGUGCCAUUUGUAUAGGAUGCGGUGCUCUUUGCAUCAUAAUGUCAUGGAUUUUCAGGCGACACUUGAUGCGGUUGAACCAGGAGAGUGAAGCAAAGAAGAUAGAAGGAGGGCUAUCCAAUGAUUUCACAUAUCUGCUAUGA